AUGUGUCUUCAGGACGAUGCCCCAGACGUCCUCUACGUAACCGCUUCGUUUCUCCUUUUCGAUGGCCGACAAAAUGAGCACAUGUUUGAGAUGAUGAAUAAAGAGGGGGCAUUUGUGCGCUUGCUAGAGCUAAUUCAGUCUUCGGAGCAUCUUGAUGGCGACGGUGGAGCUGGACUACACCGGUUGUUAAUGAACCUAAUGUAUGAAAUGUGUAGGAUCCAAAGGAUUAAAAUCGGCGAUUUAGUACUUGUGGAUGAUGAUUUUGUGAAGCAUUUGUUUGAGAUUAUCGAAGAGCUUUCGGGCGACGUCGACGAUCCUUACCAUUAUCCUGUGAUUAAAAUUCUAUUGGUUCUCAACGAACAAUUUAUGGUCUCAGCUCAUGACCCGCUACCUGAACGAUCAUCAUCAGUCCCUCUCACCAACAAGGUCAUCAAGGUCCUUUCGAUGUUCGGUUCUGCUUAUAAAACAUUUGGAGAAAACAUAAUCCUUCUCCUUAAUCGCGAAAGCGAAACUUCUCUUCAACUACUUACCUUAAAAUUGCUCUACCUUCUCUUUACCACGCCGCCAACUUAUGAAUAUUUCUACACUAAUGACCUUCGAGUACUCGUUGACAUCUUAAUUCGAAACCUUUUGGACCUCCCGGAGGACGCUACUGCACUUCGUCAUACAUACCUGCGUGUUCUCUAUCCGUUAUUAGCUCAUACCCAACUCAGGCAUCCACCUCAUUAUAAACGAGAUGAGCUCAGAAAGCUCCUGGGAAUUCUUGUUAGAGGCCAAUUUUCUUUUGAUUCGGAGGAACAUGAAAGGAUCCUUCAUUUCGACGACGUCGAUGAUACAACGAAACGGUUGGUGUUGCGAUGUGGCCAGGUAGACUGGCUUGCCGAUCCUGAGAUCUGUAAACAGAAACCUAAGUCGGAAAUUAAUACGGAAGCGCCGGUAGAAAAAUGUAUAGAAGAAUCAAUUUCACCCGUCACUACUCCGUCCACCUCUCCAGAGCCAAGUUCUCCUCACAGCCUCACCGGGCGCCGUUCCUCGCAAUCAGCGUCAUCGCCUCCAAAAACGAGCCCUGCGAGAGCACUUGGUAUGAACCUCGAAACUGCUCGUUCUUCGGAAGGCAGCGUUGUUGAGGUUGCAGUCCACAAAGAGAAGCCUGGUGUCAAGGUUCCCAGUCGGAAGGACAUUUCGAAAGCUCCACCCGCACCGCCACCACUCCCGAAACAAAAGCCAGAACCCCCCAAGGCUAGACGUUGGCGUGGGCGUCGUGAGCAGCAGGAAGAAGACGAGCCUACAGGACAAAAGACUGCGGAUGGAGUGAGCACUGCUGUACGUGAAAGGAAAGGUUCAGUUAGCAUCAAAGACUCUGGAUCCGUAACCCCCACGACUUUACCAACCGACUCAUCGAAACAUACAUCCGCUGGUAUAUCGACAACCCAAUCAGCCCUCCACGAGCCCCCGGUUCCUGCAAUAAUCGUCCCCAAAUCACGCACCCCAAAUCCCUCCUCGAGUCCUCAUGCCCCUGCUGUUCCCCCACCACGCAGAUCCUCACACUCCGUCCCUCCAAAAUGCCGUGCCAGCCAGCAUGCCAUUCAUCAUCGCCUCCGUCAGCCACCCCCUCUGCCCCAACAUCACCACCCUUACAGCUCUCAAAAACUGAAUCCACCUUCCGAGUCACCUUGCUCAAGCCAUUUCUCAUCCUCUCCGGCAAGCCCGUCGUUGUCUCCCUCGAGUUGCCACGUCACAUCCCAAAAGCCAGAACCACCAAAAGCCCGACGAUGGCGAGGCAAGAAGUCCCAGCAGGUAGUUGACGGAAAGGCGGCCGGCGGCCCCGUUCCUCUUACCGGGAACACAAUCACAAAUAACAAUGAUUAUAGUGAGAAUAAUGAGAAGUGCAGCGAAGUCAGCGACCAUGAGCGGCGAGUGGUGGUGGCUACGUUGCUUGAAACGACGCUUACGUGUGCUCAUGAUACCACAAGCGUUGAGUCUGUUACAAUUAUAGAGGAUGAAGUGGGCAGGCUGAAGGUGCAGGAAGGAGGUUAA